AUGACAACUCUUCACACAGCAGAAGGGGCGCCAACUCCGAAUAUUUUCCCUCGUCGACUUCCUUUCCAUGCGAAAAAAUAUCCUUCGCCAAAGAAUACUCCCUCAUCAAAGAGUGCUCUCACACCAAAGAACUAUCUCUCCCCAAACAAACGCAAGAACUCUCCCAGAGGGAGCAAGAAAGCCUCACCCAUGGCAAUCAAAAUAAGAGAUAACCAGGCCCAUCGAGGCAUAAAACCCAUCUGGCAGACAUGGGACUCCUUCGCGGUCAAUCUAGCUGGUGUCCCCGAUGAAGCGAAUACAUUCACCAUUUGGUCCACUUUCAAUCGGCAGGGGAGCAUAUUCUCGAUUGAUUUGUAUGAGGAUGAUACUGGGAAACGGAAUGGAAGGGGAAGGAUACGGUUUAGACCACCUCCACAGACAGACUUUUGGAAAGAUGCUCUUUGGCAACUUCACUUGUCCGGGGGACGGAAAGCGAGGAUUAGAGUCAAGCCUGUUUUCGAGCAAAAAGAUAAUCGGAUUCAGAGUCCUGUGAAUCCAGAUGAGUUUUAUCCUGCUGAAUUUGACAUCCCUGUUGCAACACUCGACUUCGGCCCCAUGAUAGGACCAAAUUCCAUGCUUCUCUUGCGCCAUCUGCAAAAGACUUCGGAGGAAACUUGCAGAUUGACGGUGGAUCUCAAAAAUCGACAGUUACUGGUCUUCUUCCAGCUUCCACUGCAAUCAACCCAAAGGGUGACGGCUAUCUCGCAGUAUCGUUUGCAAGUACCCUUUGCUCAGUUGACGACUCUCUACCAACAGAGCCAUAGCGACGAGUCUGCAAACACCGUCUCACAUAUCAUUCGAUUCGAUAGUCCUCCGUUGUAUCACCGUCAUUUGUACAAUGUGGAGUCCAGCUUCAGUGGUCUCGACUCGGCGAAUUCAUGGAGAGCAAUGGACUGUUGGUAUCGUCAGACGGAUAUCGUUCAUCGACAUGGGGAUUGGGCAGGACUUCCAAUUAGCCUGCGCAAGAAAAAUCCCAUCAUUGAUAUUGGACGGUGGAACGCGGUCCGAAUCACCUAUGGACAAGAUUCGAUUCAUGCAAAGUCGUAUAGACUGCUUUGCAAGGCCCUGAGUGAUUUCAAUAUUGAGAUCAAGAUCGACGACGAGUUCAGCACAGAAGGUCCACGCACUUUGCCAGUUCCUGUCGUUUGGGAUAUUUGCGAUGAGCCUGAGAGCUUGGGAUAUUCCACGUUUGACGACUUGUUCGGAAAACCAUACAUCCAUCUGCCUUUUGCGAUUCGUUAUCAGCUCGAGGUGUGCAUCUCUCAUGGUUAUAUCAGCGAGUACACUGCUGCCAAACCCGAGUUCAUUCAGAGACUCAAAGACAUGGAAGAAAGAAAAGCCCUUGCCUUGUUGGAGCAUGUGGCGAUGGACAAGAAAGUUUAUUGGGAUGCCAUGAACAUAUUUGACAUCCUGUUUCCCAGGGGGACAACCAGAAGGAAUAUCCCAAGUUACUGCUGCAUGGUUCGCACAGCUACCGUGACUCCUUCAAUGAUUUACUGGAAUACCCCUUCAAUGGAAAUUACGAACCGCGUUCUUCGCCGAUAUUCCGAGCAUGCGGAUCGUUUCUUGCGCGUACGAUUCAAGGACGAAAAGUUCGAAGGCCGAAUCAAUUCUACCCACCAUGACACGAUGGAUGAGAUUUUCAGUCGCAUCAAGCGCACUAUGACCAACGGCAUCGUACUGGGUGACCGCAAGUACGAGUUCCUUGCAUUUGGAAACUCCCAAUUUCGGGAACAUGGUGCAUAUUUCUUUGCAUCCGACGCACAUGUGACCGCCUCCAAUAUUCGCGCAUGGAUGGGCGAGUUUUCGGAUAUCAAGAACGUUGCCAAAUAUGCUGCAAGAUUAGGUCAAUGUUUCUCGACUACACGAGCUAUCAACACCUGUCGGGUUGAGUUGAAACGCAUACCCGAUGUGGAACGAGGACCAUAUACCUUCUCCGAUGGCGUGGGCAGGAUCUCCAGAUUUUUGGCUCAGAUGACUCAACAAGAGCUAAAUAUUAGGACUGCGGACCAAGAGCCUCCAUCAGCCUACCAGUUCCGCCUAGGAGGGUGCAAGGGUAUGCUAGUUCUAUCAGAUGAACCGCGUGGGCGAGAAAUUGAAAUCCGUCCAAGUCAGGAGAAGUUUCCUGCUAAUCAUCAGGGUCUGGAAAUCAUUCGUUGGUCGCAAUUCUCCUCGGCCACUUUGAACAGACAGUUGAUUGCAGUUCUAUCGUCACUUGGGAUUGAGGACAAAGUAUUUCAUGGCAAACUUCAAAGGAUGGUCUCCAACCUAGAGGAGGCUACCCAUUACGAUAGAGCUGCGAUGCAUCUACUCCAGAAAUACAUCGAUCCUAAUGAAAUGACCCUUGUUAUAUCAAAGAUUGUUUCUGACGGGUUUCUUCAAGCAAGAGAUCCGUUCAUAACCUCAGUCAUUACACUGUGGAAAGCGUGGCAGAUCAAGUAUUUGAAGGAAAAGGCAAAGAUCACCAUUGAAGAUGGAGCAUGUGUGCUUGGUGUUAUGGACGAGACUGCCACUCUAAAGGGAUUUUCGUAUGAGAACGUGGAAAAGGUGCAUUUGUCCCGGGAUUCCAAACUUGAUGCACUGCCGGAAAUCUUUCUCCAAGUGUAUCGCGCCGAUGAGAAGAAGUAUGGAGUGGUGGAAGGUGUAUGCAUACUAGCUCGCAACCCGUCACUGCAUCCGGGUGACAUCCGAGUAGUGAGAGCCGUCAAUCGCUCAGAACUCGCUCAUCUCAAAGACGUCGUCGUGCUUCCACAGGUUGGAGAUCGAGAUAUUGCCAGUAUGUGUUCUGGAGGAGAUUUGGAUGGCGACGAUUACCUGGUGAUCUGGGAUCAGGACCUUAUUCCAAGCCAAUGGUUCCGAACACCCAUGGACUACACCGCUAUCAAAGGCGUCAAUCUGAACAGAGCUGUCACCGUCAAUGACAUCACCACAUUCUUCGUGAACUAUAUGAAGAACGAUUCUCUGCCCAAGAUUGCCCAUGCGCACAUGGCCUGGGCUGACUACCUGGAGGACGGGGUGGAGUCAGCAAAAUGCAUACGCUUAGCUCAAUUGCAUUCGAAUGCUGUCGACUACAACAAAACGGGUGAGCCGGCAUACCUCCCUCGUGAUCUGCGUCCAAGGAAAUGGCCACACUUCAUGGAGAAGAAUUACAAACCAAAGGAUCAAAUCUAUCAUUCAGAGAAGAUUCUGGGCCAACUUUAUGAUGCUGUGGAUCGAGUUGACUUUCAUCCUGAUUUUGACAGACCUUUCGACAAACGUGUGCUGGAAGCCGGCAUUGAAGUGACCGACGAGAUAUUGCAGUUCGUCAAGGAGCUGAAAGUCGACUAUGAUCUUUCCCUGAAGCGAAUCAUGGCACAGCACGAAAUCCGAACCGAAUUUGAGAUCUGGUCCACAUUUGUUCUCGGUCAUGCGAAUCUGAGCAAAGAUUACAAAUUCCACGAAGAACUCGGCGGUAUCACAAAGGCUAUCAAAGACCGGUUCCAAGGCGAAUGUUAUGCAAAGGUUGGAGGUCGUGACUUUGACCGGAUUGCUCCGGUUGCAGUCGCGAUAUACCGUGUCACCAGUGACGAAGUCGUUACAGCGAUGGGGGAAUUUCGUAAGAAAAAUCCUGAGGCCAAGCCAAACCCAGAGAAUCUCCCUAUGAUUAGCUUUGCAUGGCUGUUUCCUGAUGUUCUGGGACGGGUCGCCCUCCGUUACUUUGACGAUUCCCCUGAAGGCGACAAAGCUACUGCUGCUGUUACUACCAUGGUCACUACUCAAGAAAAUAAGCAGGAAAUUGAAGGACCAAUGACUCCGGAAUCUGAGAAAGAAAAUACGGACACAACAGAUCGGUACUCAAGCUCGAACAAAGACGUCGAUGAAGAAGAAAUCACGGAUGAGUCCGAGAUUGAAGAAGUUGAGAUUAUCGAAGACCAAGCCCAGAUCAAGCCGUGUGCUCUUGACAUUUUGAAGGAUAUGCUUUUCGAUUCGGAGGAUGAUAUCUACUAG